UCAGGAACAACUCAUCGGUCGCGACAGCAAAGUCAGAGCCAAAACCAAAACCAAGACAACUAUCCGUACGGUUCAUACGAUGGCUAUGACAUGAGUUCACAGCCAUAUUCGGGUCCCUUUUACGCGCCCUCUUCGCCGUACGACCCGUCAGGCCCUCAACUCUUUGACGACACGAGUGCUCAACAGUUUAUACCACAAAACACUUACGACCCGUAUAUGAGUGGUGCGAACACUUUUGCGCCGCAAAUGUAUGGCCAGAACCCGCCCAACGCUUCCAAUCUCUUCAACCAACAGUUGCUUUUGACGGCCGGACAGCAACUGCUGUCAAACCCGAUGGCGGCCGCGGCUCUCGACCAAUACGGACACAAUCUCGUGACCAAAGGCAAGAGUUGGGUCGGCAGUAAUGUCAAAUACUACUUCGCUGUCGACACGUCUUAUGUGUUGAAGAAGUUAUUGCUUUUAUUCUUUCCGUUCACUCAUAAGGACUGGUCGACCCGUUAUAACCCUAACGAACCGGUGGCCCCGAGAGAUGACAUCAACUCUCCCGACCUCUACAUCCCAACGAUGGCAUUUGUCACAUAUAUUCUGGUUUCGGGAUAUUUAUUAGGAAUUCAGAACCGAUUUUCACCGGAACUCUUGGGCAUCCAGGCCUCCACUGCUAUGGCGUGGCUUAUCAUUGAAGUGGUGAUCGUCUUAUUAUCCCUCUAUCUCUCGAAUAUCUCGUCUUCUCUCGGAUUCUUUCAUUCGAUAGCAUUCGGUGGAUAUAAAUACGUUUGCAUUGUGGCCCUACUGUUGGUGUCCAUGCCUUUCGACAAAAUUGGUUAUUACGUGACGUUUGUCUAUUGCACUCUAUCUCUCGGCUUUUUCCUGUUGAGAAGUCUUCACAUCGCGAUGCAAACAAACUCCCAAACGGCUGUCCCCAGUGAGUCUCGAAAUGGCCUAUAUUUGGUUUUAAUCAUAUGCGUACUCCAACCGAUUGUCAUGUAUUUUCUGACUAAAAACUUCAUCUUUGUUUAGAAAUGUAUCAUAAAAUACAACAUAAAUUAUUUUGGCCCCAAUUUUAAUGUAAUCUCUAUCCCAAAAAUAAAUUGACUCGUUUUUAUAAUUAAAACACA